AUGUGCAGCCGCGAGAAGGACGUACCUGCGCUUGCUGGCGACGCGAAGGGUGUGGCAGAUCGCCGUCCGGCCGCGCUUACGCCGUCGGCGGCCCCAUCUGGCCCCCCACUUAUGACGACCAGUGCUAUGGCUAUGGAUUUGGUGGACACAGCUCCGGAAACUUUGAAGACAGCGCUGUCUGUUCCGCUCCCAGAUUCUGAAGAUGAGAGCUCCACCGCCCCUCAGCCACGCGGACGAAGUGGGAAACAGAAGAGGAGGGCAACAGCCGCGACGUCCGCUGUUCGCAGCUCGCCGACCGAGAAGAGGGCCAAGCAAGAUUUCGCCCCUGACGCUGAUGGUUUUGUCCCGGCCCGGCGCACUGCAAGACGCAUGCAGUCAUCGACGACGCUUCCAACUGCCGUCGCCAAUUCAUUCGACGCGCUCGCUGACUCGCCGGACCAGCUGCCGCGCGAUCCUGCGCCAAAGAAAGACUCCCAUCUCCCGCCGGUGGUCCUCCAGUUUCGGCCGCCCUAUGGGGAACUGCAGAAGUUGUUGCGCAGCUGGACAACGGCCGUGUAUACUGUGGAGCCUGCCGGACGAGACCUGUACAGGGUCAUACUCCGAACUGGUGACGACUAUCGCCGGGUCACUCAGGAGGCGUCUGAGCGUGGUAUCCCGUUCUAUACCCACGCUUCCGCACCUGACAAGGUCUUGAAGAUUGUAAUCCGGGACCUCCCAUUCAACAUGGAAGCCGAUCACCUGCAUCGCGAACUCGCUGACCUGGGCUUCUACAUACGGGCAGUCGUGAAGAUGAAGUCGCCUAAGUCACGCUAUGAUAUGCCGCUCUUCCUGAUCGUCUGCUCCGACACCGUGGAGAACCGCAAACUCUACCAAUUGACGCUGGUCGCCGACGUUCCGGUUCACACUGAAGAUCUUCGCUACAGGAGAGGCCCUGUGCACUAUCGUGGGUGUGAGGUGUGGAAGCGUGCCAUCGCUCGCCAACGUGGCCAAACACCAGCGCCACAUCCGAAGAAGCCAGCAACGAGACGGCCCGGCGUCUCUUUCGCGGCGGCAACGUCAGGGGCUCCCUCCGCCGUCCCGGCUGCGUCGGCUGCUCCUGCUCCUGCCGCGUCCGAUGCUGUGCCGAUACCUGAGGCUCCUGCGCCUCCACCACAGCUGCUAGUGGCGGACCCGGGUACUGCCUCUCCCGGGCCGUCGGCCAGACCGCGCCCCGCCAAUCGCCUGCGCGGGGGUCAGCGCCCCGUGGGUACCCAGCCCUCAGCACCGUCAGUCGAGCAGCCCCAGAUGGACUCUCCAAGCGAGUCAGCCACGCCUCCCCCUUCCAGCGACGGGGCCGCGCCGGCUGCCUCCACCGCUGACCUGGCCAACCUCGUCGCGCAGCUCACUGCCUUGGUGACCAGUGCUACGAAAUUGAUUGAAGCCCUGUCGCAGCAACUCACCGCUGCAGUGCCGAUGGCCUCUCCGGCCCCGACCGCUGUCAACACUCACCAGCUGCACCAUGGGCAGCGUUAG